AUGGGACCCAAAAGUGGCUUGAUCCUCACUCUUCUCUGCUGGGCGGUGGGCGAGGUGCCUGCCUACCCACCCUGGGAUUUCUCCCGGGGUGACCCUGCAAGCCGGGGGGCACGGGCAGACCCCUACUCCUGGUCCUGGGUGGAGGACCCCCAAUCUCAAGCCAUCUCCAGCCGGCAGCCAGUGACGGUGCAGUGCCAGGAGGCUCAGGUGGUGGUCACGGUGCACAGGGACCUCUUCGGCACCGGCCGCUUGGUCAACGCGGCCGACCUGACGCUGGGGCCGGCGGCGUGCAAGCAUUCCUCGCUGAACCCUACCCACAACACCAUCACCUUCACCGCCGGCCUCCACGAGUGCGGCAGCAUCGUGCAGAUCACAACGGAUUCCCUCAUCUACCGCACGCUCCUCAACUACGACCCCAGCCCCGCCAGCAACCCCGUCAUCAUCCGCAGCAACCCUGCCGUCAUCCCCAUCGAGUGCCACUACCCCAGGAGGGAGAACGUGAGCAGCAACGCCAUCCGGCCCACCUGGGCUCCCUUCAGCUCCACGCUGUCGGCGGAGGAGAGGCUGGUGUUCUCCCUGCGCCUCAUGAACGAGUCCGGGGACGUGAAGGCGACCAUCGCCGUCCUCGGCUUCAUCCUCUCCAGCGCCGCCAAGCACAACGUGGACAGCGAGUCCCUGUCGAGCGAGCUGCAGCAGCUGGGGCUGCCCAAAGGUAGGGGGGACCCCCGGGGCGUCACCACGGGCCGGACCCGGGAGAACGUGCUGAAGAACCUGGAUGACAAGGCUUUUGACAAGCCCAUCUGCGAGGCCCUCUUAAACCAGAAGUUUUUCAAUGGAAUUGGGAAUUACCUCCGCGCGGAGAUCCUGUACAGGUUGAAGGUCCCUCCCUUCGAAAAGGCUCGGACCGUGCUGGAGGCCUUGAAGGAUCAGGAGCAGGCGAGGAGGAAGAAGAAUCCUUCCCUGACGCUGAGCAAAAAGCUGAAGCUGAUGCGGCAGAACCCGGAUCUCCUGGAGCUGUGCCACACCGUGCCCAUGGAGGUCAUCGCGGCGGAGAAAAACCUCGUUGACCCAGAUCACUCGGAUAACUACGCCGCUUUCAAGAACUGGCUGCAGUGUUACUUGGUGCCCGGCAUGAGCUCCCUGCGUGACCGCAACGGCAGGACCAUAUGGUUCCAGGGAGAGCCUGGCCCCAUGGCUCCCAAAGGGCAGAGGUCCCGCAAGAAGCGCGCUCAGCUGAAGGCAGAUCCCGAGGCUCUGACCCCCAAGGUCACCAUGCGCGCCUCAAAACGGUGCUCCAGGGCUGCAGCGAAACCCCCGAAGUUGGCCAAGGAGGAGGAGGAGGAGGAGGUGGCUGAUGGGCCGAGGAAGGGACGUGCUCGCGGGAGGAGGAAAGCGACCGCUGCUCCGGCCUCGUCCGAGCCUGAUGCACCGGUCAAAGCCAAAAGAAGCCGCCGGACGUCUGCGCGCAGGGGCAGAGCUGCACCCAGCUGGUGUGGGAAGGAGAAGCUGGGCUUGGUGAUGGGGCUGAUUUACCCAGCGUCCGCCUGCUGUCCUCAGGCAUUUGAGGGGGGAUAA